GUUUCUCAGUAACCAAACCAGAGCAGAGUGUCACGUCCUCAAGGACCUCAACCGCUUCAAAUUAAAUUCUCUAAUAAAUUUAUCUUUUCCUGCUAAAAUUCCUCUGCUACAAUGAACGGCAUAACGACGAGCUGCACGGCUCGAAUAUUGUGUAGCUUGAACCAAUUGCCGCCGGGGAACCUUUUGUGCAGCCGGUCAAGGCGGAGUUUCGUAAUCGCCAGACCUCGGCUUGCGCUCAGAGCUCCAAGAAUCAUUUGCAUGGCGGAGUCGUACCUGAUAACGAAACUGGAAUCUGCAGAGAAAACGUGGAAGGAAUUAUCGGUCAGGCUUGCUGAUCCUGAUGUUGUUUCGAAUCCUGGCGAGUAUCAAAAGCUGGCACAAUCUGUCGCUGAACUUGAUGAGGUUGUAUCAACGUUUAGGAGAUUUAAGGACUGCGAGAAGCAGUUAGAAGAGACCAAAGCUUUAGCAAAAGAAGAGAGCAUUGAAGAAGAUAUGGCUGAGAUGAUACAAUCUGAAAUUAGCUCUCUAUCUAGCCAACUACAAGAGCUUGAGGAGAAGCUUAAGGUACUGUUACUUCCAAGUGAUCCUUUGGAUGCUAGAAAUAUAAUGCUAGAAGUAAGGGCAGGUACCGGGGGUGAUGAGGCUGGACUAUGGGCUGGUGAUCUUGUAGGUCCGCAUGUAUCAAAAGUACAGUGAGCAGAAUUCUUGGAAGUACACCCCAGUUUCAAGCUCUGAGGUAUGUCUUGUUACAGCAAUUUAGAAUCAGCUUUAUCUUUUACUGGUGAUAACAAUGCAAUGUGAGUGCCUGUGUUGCAAUUGCAAUUUCAGCUACUUAUCCUUCCCAGUCAUGAUUUAGUAAUUGAUAUUGCAUUUGCUGUUUGGUACAAACUGCCAAAUGACUUGCCUAAAAUUUCUUCAUUAAGGUUUUCUAUAUUUAAGCAUUAGACAUCAAAAGGAAAAGAUAUGCAUCCUUUGGUGUUGAUAUGAUUGUCAGAAUUGUCUGGUAUUUUCAAGGCUGAAAAAGGAGGUUUCAAAACAUUUGUGAUGGAGGUAAAAGGAAAUCGUGUCUACAGCAAAUUGAAAUAUGAAUCUGGUGUCCACCGAGUUCAACGUGUUCCUCAAACAGAAGCACAGGGACGUGUGCACACUUCUACUGCAACUGUAGCCAUUAUGCCUGAGGCUGAUGAAGUCGAUGUUGAAAUUGAUCCAAAAGACAUUGAACUUACCACUGCAAGGUCUGGUGGUGCUGGAGGCCAGAAUGUCAACAAGGUGGAGACAGCUGUUGAUCUUUUCCAUAAACCAACAGGAAUCCGCAUCUUUUGUACUGAAGAAAGGACCCAACUACAGAACAAAAAUCGUGCUUUGCAACUACUACGAGCAAAACUGUAUGAAAUAAAGCUAAGGGAGCAACAAGAGAAGAUAAGGAAUCAAAGAAAAUUACAGGUUGGUACUGGUGCUCGUGCUGAAAAGAUUCGGACAUAUAACUACAAGGAUAAUAGGGUGACUGACCAUCGAUUGAAGAUGAACUUCGCGCUCACUUCUUUUCUUAAUGGUGACAUAGAAACUGCAGUUCAGGCUUGUACUUCUAUGGAGCAGAAGGAACUCCUGGAAGACCUUGCUGAGUCCGUAACCGCAACCACCACCUGAUUUCCUCCUCUGAAGUGUGAUUUUGGGACGUGUAGCAAGAAAUGUGGAAACCCUCAAAGGAGUAACUAAUCGAUGGAUGAACAAAACAUCUGAAACUGAAACACAAAUAGCAUCUCCUGAUCUCCAUGCUAGUUCUGUUGUACCCUUUCGUGGUACCUUCGUAUCAGAAGAACACGGAAAAUGAAUCAGUGCAAGAAAUCGAAAUUUUUAAUUGUAUUCAUGGAUGCGAAUUAUAAAUUUUGAAUCUUAAAAUUUGAAUCUCAGCUUUAAUCAGAAACAAUUUCAAUUAUUCACAAUAAAAUCGUAUUUAUUUU